UCCCCCAGCUGCUCUACCUUUGCCUGUUUUCAGACUCCUGACCCUGCUGAGCCCCCUUUUUCCUCAGCUUCCUACCUACCCCUCUCACCUCUUGCCUGGGACCCUGCCCCAGUCAUUCCGCCCUCACAGCUCUCAGUGGGCUGUCAAUGACAGCUUUCAGUGUAAAGCAUGGGCUAAGUUCCGGGCGGAAUGGGAGAUGCAUGGAAGGGUGAGGGGCUUAUAGCCUGGUUGAGGAGUCCUAACUCACAGCCAUGAAGAGACCACACUGCCAGGCUGCACCAGGAUACAACGCAAGGAAAAAGGAAAGGGCACAGUGUAGAGACUUAUUUCUCUAGGUCGUGAGGUUGGGCAAAGCUUGGAAAGGAAGAAAUUUGGUAGAUUGAUGAAAUUUAGGGAAAGGGAAAAAAGGCUUCUGCCCAGUCAACAGCCAGAAGGGGAUUUCUUGGGAGCCAGGACACCAGUCUUGUCUCAGUUUGGGUUCCCUCCAAAGCAGAGCCUGAGUCGAGGGCAUGGGUACAGGUAAUCUUGUAUUUGGGGGGUCAGGUCGGGAAGCAGGAGUGAGGGAGCAGGGGAAGAGGAGAGGGAAGAGGAAAGCCAGUAAGAGUGUGUUAUUGAGUUCCAAUAUUCAGUGGGCAUCAGGAAACUCUGAGUGCACAAAAUAACUUCCAGAAAGACAGAAGAUGGGCGUUUAUGGCCAGCUCACAUUCCCCAUUGUUUAAGGGUUGUCCUAGAGGCAUUAAUGCCCUUAUACACACUUGCAGCCUGUACUUGUCAGGGGGCUGAGUGGGCUGCUACAGCUUCAGAUAAGACUCCUGGGCAGGAAAUCAGAGAGACUUAUGCUCAUGUGAGGGAUUCACUGACAGUGAGAGUCUGAGCUUCCUCACAACUGUUCAUCACAACUGCAGCUGAAAUCAGAGAUGGGACACGGGGCACCGAAUGCUAAAGUCCUGAUGCCAUCAAAGGACCCAUCCCCUCUGCCGCUAUCCACAUCUCCUUCAUGCCUGUAAAGUGGCCAAUGGAGAAAGCUCCAACCCCGCGGAGAACCAGCCAGCCCAGAACUCCUGGGAGAGGCAACUCUCCUGCUCCUUCCCUCCACCAUGGAGUACCUCUCUGCCCUGGACCCCAGCGGCCUGCUCAGCAGGUCAGUAUCCAGUAUGAGCUCCGAUUUGGGCCGUAAGCUCUGGACCUCGGCUCCACCACCCCGGCGACCUUUCCGUGUCUGUGAUCACAAGCGCGCCACCCGGAAAGGCCUGACAGCUGCCACCCGCCGGGAACUGCUAAACAAGGCACUGGAGACUCUGAUGCUGAGUGGAGUGCUAACACUGGUGCUGGAGGAGGAUGGGACCACAGUGGACAGCGAGGACUUCUUCCAGCUGUUGGAGGAGGACACGUGCCUGAUGGUGCUGGAGCUGGGACAGAGCUGGAGCCCCAGCAGGGGUGGGGUGCUGUCGUAUGGCCUGGGCCGGGAGAAGCCCAAGCACAGCAAGGACAUCGCCCGCAUCACCUUCGAUGUGUACAAGCAAAACCCUCGAGACCUCUUUGGCAGCCUGAACAUCAAAGCCACGUUCUACGGGCUCUACUCCAUGAGCUGUGACAUUCAAGGACUCGGCCCAAAGAAAAUACUCAGGGAGCUCCUCCGAUGGGCCUCCGCACUGCUGCAAGGCCUGGGCCACAUGCUGCUGGGAAUUUCCUCCACCCUUCGUCAUGCAGUGGAAGGGACUGAGCGGUGGCAGCGGCAGGGUCGCCUCCAACCCUACUGAGAAGGGGCUCUGAGCUUCUGCCCCUAGACUCAUUCCAAGAGACAGACUGUAAGGACUGUGACAGCGUCAAGUUUGGGGCCUACACACAGUGCAGGCUCACUAACUCGCUUGUUUUCCCCAGUCUUCUGAUCCCAUAGUGACAGGCCCAUCAGCCUAACGCCUUCCACCCCAGCCUAUACCCACUGCUGAAGAAUACUAUCCAUUCCUAGCCAUCUUUCCAGCCUCCCACUUACCCUGAAAGGCCACAGCCUGUCCACAGGCAUCUGGAUCCCACCCUGAUUGCUGCUACAUCUAGAGGUCCUUACCACUCCCCUCCUGUCCCUAAGCUCCCCAGUGCCCUGAAGAGAGCCCUCUGUAACUUCACCUUGAGAUCUCUAUUUCUUUGUACCUUUCCCCCCCAAAAUAACAAAGGUGUUUCCAGUAAAAAUAUAAAAAUGUUUAUCAAUAAGA